GGUAGCAUAGCAUAGCAUAGCGUAGCGUCCGUCCGUCCAUCCAUCCACCCCUCCGUCCCUCCUGGCGUCCUGCAACAGCACAGCACAGCAUAGCAUAAAGACGCAGAGGGAGAGGAAGAGCAAGUACUCAACUCUACCACCACAACUACUCGUCCUCCUCCUCCUCCUCCUCCUCCGGCUAGCGCUAUCCGAUCCGAGGGAAAGAAGAGAGAGAGAGGUCAGGGGGAAGGUAGCAAGCAAGCAAGGAAGGAAGGAGGCAGGAUGGGGCGCGGGAAGGUGGAGCUGAAGCGGAUCGACAACAAGAUCAGCCGGCAGGUGACCUUCGCCAAGCGCCGCAACGGGCUGCUCAAGAAGGCGUACGAGCUGUCGGUGCUCUGCGACGCCGAGGUCGCGCUCCUCAUCUUCUCCAGCCGCGGCCGCCUCUUCGAGUUCUCCACGUCCUCAUGCAUGUACAAGACACUGGAGCGGUACCGCAGCUGCAACUUAAACUCUGAAGCAACUGCAACUCCAGAGACUGAACUAAGCAAUUACCAGGAGUUUUUAAAGCUGAAGACAAGAGUUGAGUUCCUGCAGACAACUCAGAGAAAUCUUCUUGGCGAGGACUUGGGCCCACUUAGCAUGAAGGAACUUGAGCAACUUGAGAACCAAAUUGAGGUCUCUCUCAAACAGAUCAGGGGGGCAAAGAGCCAACAGUCACUUGAUCAGCUCUUCGAACUCAAGCGCAAGGAACAACAACUGCAAGAUGUUAAUAAAGACUUACGAAAGAAGAUACAAGAAACUAGCGCAGAAAGUGUGCUGCAGAUGUCUUGCAUGGAUGUUGGACCUAGUGGCCAUGCUUAUCAAGCUAAUGAACAGGAACUUUUUCAUCCUCCAGCUUGUGACCCUUCCUUGCGUAUGGGGUAUAAUCAUGAUUACCUGGAUCACAUGAACAAUGAAUGAAGGGAUGGUCAAGCUGAUGCCCUAAUAGCAAGGACAUCGUGCGUUGGGUCGAUGUGAUAAUAUAUUUCAAUGUAAUGCUCUCUUUUACCCGUGUGUCCUAGCUUAAAGCAGCUUAUUAUGUACGUAUUAAUCAAGAGCUUAUGUUGUAUUCUAUUUUGAACUGAAGAGAGGAAUUAUCUAAUUAAUUCUGCUGGAUGCUCAAUGGAGUACACACAUCUCUCAGUUUGAAUUAAGUAGUAAUAGACAUGUGCGCAUUUCGUGAUUCCAA